UACCCAUAUCACACUGCAAAGUUCCUCCUCUUUUCUCUCUCUCUCAAAACAUCUCCCCAUUAAUUGUCAUCAUCUUUCUUACCUGAAAAUCUGAAAAUUCUAUUUCAUAUCACUGCUCUUUUUAACUCUAUUUUCUUCAAGAAAUUUAAGACCCUUGAAAAAAGAAAAUGAUGGUGGAAAAAGAAGAUUUGGGGUUGAGCCUUAGCCUCAGUUUUCCAAAUAAUAACAAGAAUACAACCAAUAAUCAUCAGCUAAAUCUCAUCCCUUCAUCUUCACCUUUUAAUCUUAUGCACAAAACUUCUUGGACUGAUUCCUUAUUCCCUUCUUCAGAUCGAAACUCUGAGGCAUGCAGAGUGGAGACGAGGACUUUCCUUAAGGGAAUCGACGUGAACCGGCUGCCGGCGACGGCUGAAGCCGAUGAGGAAGCCGGCGUGUCGUCGCCGAACAGUACUAUUUCAAGUAUUAGUGGAAAUAAGAGAAGUGAAAGAGAAACAAAUAACUGUGAAGAACAUGAAAUGGGAAGGGCUUCUAUGAGUGAUGAAGAAGAUGGAGAAACUUCUAGAAAGAAACUAAGGCUUUCUAAAGACCAAUCUGCUGUUCUUGAAGAAAGUUUCAAAGAACACAACACCCUCAAUCCUAAACAAAAGUUGGCUUUGGCUAAAAGACUGGGAUUGAGGCCUAGGCAAGUUGAGGUGUGGUUUCAGAACAGAAGGGCAAGGACAAAGUUGAAGCAAACAGAAGUUGACUGUGAGUUCUUGAAGAGAUGUUGUGAGAAUCUGACAGAGGAAAACAGGAGAUUACAGAAGGAAGUUCAGGAGUUGAGGGCACUCAAGCUUUCCCCUCAAUUCUACAUGCAAAUGACCCCUCCCACCACCCUCACCAUGUGCCCUUCAUGUGAACGUGUUGGGCCCCCACCAAACUCAUCCUCAUCUGGGCCCACACCAACAGCUCUGGUCCAGGCCCAACCCAGGCCCAUGCCAUUUAACCUAUGGGCCAAUGCACUGCACCCAAGAUCAUGACUUCACUAUCUAUCAAUGCAAGGGCAAUUUGGUCAAAAGGACUACUCAUCAACACGCCCUCUUGUGGAAAAAUAUGGAAGUGACAAGACAAACUUGUAAUAGAGUACCAUAAUGUUUUUGUGUAUGAAAUAUGAAUUAUGGUCUAAGAUAUGGUUGUUGGGACUUGGGAACAUGGGGGAUUUGGUGGGUCAAAGAAUCUUUGAUUUCUAUUAUUGACCCGUCAUUUUCUUGUAUUUACUACAAAUUAGGAUUAGUCUUUUUUUACUCUAUUCAGUAAUAGUUUCUUUCUUCCCCAUUUUAAGGUCACUGAUGGGGCAGGAGGUAGAGGACUUUUAGAUGUAAAGUAAUGAAGGAUAUGAACUAUUUUGUUAUAGAUUUACUUUACUUGAGUUGAA